AUGGUGGCGCACGGACAGCCAGCUGGAGGCCGCUCUCGGGGCGACUUCGAGGGGGGCGGCAAGGCCAAGAGCAACUGGAGCUACUGGGUCUGCUCCAGCCGCCUCUGCAGGGAAUGGAACUGGUGCUCGCUCUGGCAGUGCCGCAGCUGCGGCCGAGUGGCCCCGCCGUGGGUCAAGGCAGCCCAGCCGCCCGCGGCCGCCGCUGGCCUGGAGCAGCCUGCCGCUGACGCCGAGGGCUUUGUCGUCCAGCCCCGUGGGAGGAAAGCGAAGCGCCAGGCCAAGCGCGCUGCUGCCCGCGCAGCCAGCGCGGGGGCCGCCGGCCUGGCAGGCGCCAGCGAGGCCAGCAGCAGGCAGCUGUCGGAAGUCGAGCGGCACCGCCAGGAGGUCAAGCGCAUCGAGGACUUCCUGGCGGCCCUUGGCGGGUCCAUCGAUGAUGCGUGCCUGCAGUCGCUGCGUGCGGCCCUUGACCGUGAGCGUCGCAGACUCGCGGAAGCGGGGGCGGCGCAGGCUGAUCGCAGGAAGGCCGACCCCCCCCUGCCCAAGGCGCUCUACGGCGCUGGCAACGCCCUGGGUAAGAUGGUCAGGCAGGGGCGGGCCAAGGAGCAGGCGCUGCUCAAGGCGGAGGAGGCCCACGCGGCGGCCAUCAACGAGCGUCAUGAGGCAGUCGCUCGGGAGGCCGCGUGCGCAGAGGCCGUCGAGGAGUGCCGAGCUGCCCUCGAGGCUCACCGCGAGGAGCAGAAGGCCGCGGAGGCCAGGCAGGCCCAGGAGGUUGGGGCAGCCUUCGCUGGCACGGACCUGCUCGGGCUCGUCUUCGGCCUCAUUCAGCAGGUUGAGGCCUUGCCGCAGGGGUUCGCCGCAGGCAGCGGGGAGGCCGCCAUCGCCGAGGUCGCCGAGCAGAUCGCUGCGGUCCGCAGGCAGGCACCCCCUGAGCCCAAGGGCCGCUCAUCCUGGGCCGACACUCCCGUCGACGUCUCCGACGAGGACCUCGAUGGAGAUGACGAGGAGCUGACCCGAGCGUCGUCGGUCCCGUCCGUGCAGGCCGCUGGCGAGCGGGUGGCCGAGUCCCUCGACGGGUUUAGCGAAGCCGUGGUGCCGAGCGGCCAGAGGACGAGGAUGACUGCGCAGGAGGCUUGCAUUGGCAAGGCUCGCUUCGGGCCCCCGCCCGCACCAGGGUCGGGCCCUGUCAGUCAGUGCCCACUGCGGGCUGGCCUGGAGGUCAUGGGCCGGAUUGGCAACGUCGGGCACAGGAGCGUCGAGGUCAUUGAGGCCUUCUUCCACGCCCACCAGUCCUGGCCGCAGCUGGUCCUCCUGCGGGAUACGAGGCUGACCCAGGGGCGUCGGCUUGGGGCCAGGGCGACGGCGCGCCGUCUCGGAUACACCGCCUUCCUCCACGAGGCGGUGGCCACGGAGCAGUCUGGCCCGAACGCCACGUCGGGCGGCGUCGCGAUCCAGGUGGGGGUCGGGCUCCAGGCCGAGGAGUUGGGCUGGCCAGCUGGGGUCCGCGGGCAGGUGCUGGGGCCUUCGGAGGCGACCUGCUGUGCCCAGGGCCAGGAGCGCGUCUUCGAUUGGUUCUUCGAGUCGUCGGACCUGGCCAGCUGCGCGGCGUCCUGCACGACCACGCUCAGUGACUUCGGGCUGCGCCCGCAUUCCCUUGUGCCGCCGCGCCUCCAGGGCGUCAGGUGCGUCGCCCUGGUCGAGGCCUUCGCGUUCGGCAAGCGCGGGAAGGUGGCGCAGAAGGAGGUUACUUGGUCAACGGCGCAGGGUUCGGGCCCGAUCGCUCUCUCCGCGGCCUUCGGCGAGUGGAUCGAGGCGGCGGAGGGCGCUCUCUCGGGCAUCCACGUGACCGCGACAGACGACCUGCCGCGCUUCCUUGGGCGUGCGGCAUGGCCCAUGUUCAGGCGCGCGCCCUUCAGCGCGCUGGUGCUGCGGGGGGCCUGGUUGAAGUGCAGCAUGCUGGCCCGCCGCCUGAGGAGCUGCCUUGCCGUCGCCCUCCAGAGGGUUCGGGCUGAGCAGGCCAGCAGGUGGCACCCGAACCACUCUUGGUGGUAUGUGCAGGAGGCGGCGGCGAUGGCGAAGCCCCCAGACGAGGCGACCCAGGUCAUCGACGCCGACGCUGGGAGGCCGCUCGUCGGCAUGGGCGCCGCGAGCCAGCCCACGCGCGCGUUGCUGCGGCUCUGGCUCCAGGAGGGCUUUUCCCGCAGGGGCGGGGCCCACAGGUGGGAUGUUGGCUCUUCGACGCUGCCGCCCAUCACCCUGGGGGACCUGCAGCAGGCGUGCAGGCGCUUCGGCCCGUAUGUGGGGUCGGGCUGCGUCUACCUGCUCCCUCGCCAGCUCCUCCUGCAGCCAGAGGCGCUGCCGCUUCGCUGGUCAGACUUCCUGGUGGCGUUCGAGGACGAGCCUUCUUCGUUCAGGGGCAGGCAGCCGUGCUACGCCCGUUGGGGGCCAGACCACCGUUGCCCCCUCUUCUGGGGCCGUGAUGGACGUGGCUCGGUGUGCAGCCUGAUGCGCCAGCAGGAGUCGCGGGCAGCGCCCUGGUUGCAGGUGCUGCAGAGUGCGGCGCAGGCGAAGCGGCCGCCUCAUCGGCCGAGGAGCCCGCGGCGGCUGGCCUGGCUGGAUGCGCACGGCCUCGAUGAGGAGAGCCUGCUGGGCUGGGCGGAGGGGGCCGCCGAGGCCGUCUCGAGCGCCAGGGCAAUUUUGGACCCCUAG